UUUUGCAUUCAAUACCUCCCAACUGUUUCUUAAAACCAACCCUCUAAUUUCAUUUAUGUUCUCAUUAUAAAAACUCAACUGCAUUUUCUUGCCAAGAAAACGACCUCUCCUCACCAAAUUUUACUUAUAAUCUGCCCUCUCAUUUCAUUUUCCAAAGACAACAUAUUUUUUCAUGGGUUCUUCUUCUGCAGCCAAGUUUUCGUAUCAAAGACUGAAUAAUGAAGAGUUUUACGAGGCACAAGCUGUGAGAACAUCAAGAAAAAAGUGCAGAAAGGUUCAUUCAAGAAAAAGAUUUAGACUUAAAGUUCCAAGUUUAAUGAGGAGGUUCUUGAGAAAGAAAAUUAAUAUUUUUUAUGGGUUUUAUGCAAAAGUACUGAGGAGAUUAAAAGAAAGUGAAGCUCAUUUUGGUGAUCUUUUUGCUGGGAAUUAUCUCUUCUUACAGGUUAAUCCAACUUCAUUCAAGUCUUUGGAGAAGGCUUAUCAUACUAAUACUUUGCCUAAAAGGUUUCAUUAUUAUAAUUAUUAGCUUGGGUGCAGGCCAAUACAAGUGUAAUUAUAUUUUCUUUUAAGUUAAUCCUGUUUACUUUAA